AUGGCAUUCCAAACUCCCCCUCCCGAACUCCAAUACUCUCGUCUCAGCUUCCCCGCCCCGCACGUCCUCCUCGUCACGCUAGCCCGGCCACGCGACCUGAACUGCAUCAACGGUGUCGGCCACGAGGAACUCCACGCCGUGUGGGAAUGGAUGGACGAAGAGCCAAGUAUCCGAGUCGGAGUGCUGACCGGUGAAGGGAGGGCGUUUUGUGCCGGCGCAGAUCUAAAGGAAUGGAACUCAAAUCAAUCCCCCUCCCAAUCCCAGCCCACACAACCCAGAAGACGCUCCCCUCACCAACCCUCAACGGGCUUCGGCGGUCUCUCGCGCCGCUCCGGCAAAAAGCCCAUCCUAUGUGCCGUCAACGGCCUCUGCCUUGGCGGCGGCUGCGAGAUGAUCAUAAACGCCGACCUGGUGAUCGCCAGCAGCGCAUCGUUUUUCGGGUUCCCGGAGGUGCAGCGCGGGGUGGUUGCGAUCGCGGGGGCGUUGCCGAGACUGGUACGAACGGUGGGACGGCAGCGGGCGAUGGCGAUGGUGUUGACGGGGCGGAGGGUGUCGGCGGAGGAGGCGGAGCGGUGGGGGUUUGUGAAUGAGGUGGUGGAUGUUGCGAAGGGAGGGGAUGUGGUGGGGAGGACGCUGGAGGUGGCGAGGCAAAUUGCUGGGAAUAGUCCCGACGCGGUGAUUGUGAGUCGGGAGGGAGUGAAGUUGGGGUGGGAGGGAGUAGGCGCGGAAGAAGGCAGUCGGUUGUUGGUGGAAGGGUGGUCGAAGAAGUUGAAUGAAGGGGAGAAUAUCAAGGAGGGAUUGAGGGCGUUUGUGGAGAAGAGGAAGCCCGUCUGGCUGGAUAGCAAGCUGUGA